UUUUUUUGGACGGCGUACACCAUGACAGAGUGGCAGCCGUCCACUUAGCCGUCGUCGAUGAGAAGCGUGUCUGGAUGACAGGGCGGCCGGCGUAGUCGAGCGGGACACGGAUGCCAUGACAAGCAGUCGUUGAUCGAGAUGAAGCCGCUGUCCGUCGAUGCUUGCAACGUGCCUUUAUUAGAGUCUACAGUCUGUUUUAAGGCCGCGGCCAGGAUGCCAAAUGCCAGAAAGAGACACCGAAGCCGUACAUAAGCUUUCGGCGCCCCAACUGCAUGGGUAACAUCCAAACCUCCAACUUCUGACUUCUGACACUCUCUACACAGAUUUCUGAGCCGUAGUCGCUGUUGACGGGCCCUCGUCCCAUCGCCUCGUCCCAUCGCAGCGCUCCAGUUUUCACACCUAUUUUGUGGGGCCUCUUGCACCUGCUGGGACCUGCUGGUGGGGUUCCCGAAUUUUCUGUGUACUAUUUUGGCCCUUUCUCUUUUUUCCCUCCCUCCCCUCUGGCCACUCCACCUCAUCGCACCCUGGCACCCUGUGAGUGCGCAGCUCCAGCCCCGCGACGUGCCACCUUGCCCGCCUCGACCAGAGCUAGCGCCGCCGCCGCCGCGACUGGCCCGUGUCUCUUAAAAACCUCCCAUCCCUCCCCGUCUUCUGCUCAAACCGCCGGCUCCCUCUUUUUCUUUGCUCUGCAGUCAAGACCACAGCCCUCCCUCCUGCGGCUUCUCUCGCCCAACUUCGGCUCAUCCUCCUCCCUGUCCUCCUCCUCGCCCCCAAAGGGCCUUCAUACCACCCCAACGCCAUCACCGUCGCAGGGAGCAGCAGCAGUAGCCAGGAGCACGCCCAUACAGCCCGUGGUGGGAAUUCCUCUGGUCUCGCCGCAUACGUAUAUAUACACAUCCAUAUAUACGCACAGAGCCGCCUCCAACACCCCCGCCCCCAAGAAUAAUAACCCGCCGAGAUGUCCGAGUUCCUCGCCCACGACCAACACCACAACCCCUCCACAGGCCAGAUCCCCGUACCUCAUGGCCCGGAGACCGGGGAUGAGGCCUACAGCUAUCCGCCUCACGCCGGCGUCACCACCGAGGAGGAGCGUCAGAUCUUCAACUACAUCACACAUCCGGAUGACAGCUACACGCCAGAGGGUGUCUACUGGGCCGACCUGCCCUGGUCCAAGCGCAUCCGGUUUGUCACCUCGGUCGACAAUGCAGAGGCCAAGAAGGAGCUCUCCCAGAUCGGCUCCAUGAUGAAGAAGGAUCCCCUGAGCCCCCUUAGCUGGUACUGGCACAACGCGAUCCUGCCCGGCGCCGGCCUCGGUCUGGAGGGCUACGUCCUGUUCUCUAUUGGAAACCUGAGCAGCUACUUCGCCGCCACUGAUGGCUGGAAGGAGUGCUGGGGCAGCAAGACGGAUGAUGGGGAGUGCUCCGUAAACUGGAUCGCCGCCGUCACCUAUCUCGAGGUUGUCGGUAUCAUGGUUGGUCAGGUUGCUGUCGGCAUUAUCGGUGACUGGGUUGGUCGAAGGUUUGGUCUGAUCCAGGAUGCACUCAUCAUGGUUCUUGGUCUCAUCAUGCUUACCGCCUCCUGGGGUACCACCCUCGAGGGCUGGGUCAUCUGUUACGCCUGGUCCCUGUUCGUCUACAGCUUUGGCGUCGGUGGCGAGUAUCCCAUGACUGCGACAUCCUCCAUGGAGGGCGCUGUCGGUGCCGGUAAGGUCUCGACACGUGAGGACCGCCUGCACCGUGGCCGCAAGGUCACCACCGCCUUUCUGAUGCAGGGCUGGGGCCAGCUGGCCAAUCAGGCCCUACUGAUUGUUCUGCUGCUCAUCUUUCACCACGGCCAGGGCGACGGGCCUUAUGGGACACAGAGCACCCAGGUUGUCUUCCGCCUGUCCUUCGCCAUACCCGCCGUCGGCACCCUCUGGCUCGCCUACUACCGUGCCUACAAGAUGCCCCAGGCAUCGCGCCAGUUGCAGAUCGCCAAGAAGAAGAGCAAGGUCACGGGCUACGACGUCAACUCGCUACGCCUCACUUUCAAGUACUUCGGCGGCCGCCUGCUAGCCACGGCCGGCUGUUGGUUCUGCAACGACGUCUUCUUCUACGGCAACAAGUUGUUCCAGUCGCAGUUUAUCGAGGUCAUCAGCGACAACCCCAAAUCCGUCAUGACCAACUGGAUCUGGAACCUCUACAACAUCCUCGUCGCCCUCGCCGGAUACUACCUGGCGUCCUUCCUCAUCGACAACAAGCUGUACGGCCGCAAGAAUAUGCAGCAGAUCGGCUUCCUGGUGUGCUUCCUGACAUUUGUCAUCCCGGCCUUCAAGCUGGACUACUACACCUCGCCCGAGGGCAUCCACUCGUUCCAGGCAAUGUACUACCUGUCAUCCUUCUUCAACCAGUUCGGCCCCAACGCCGUCACCUUCCUGGUCGCGGCCGAGGUGUUCCCGACACCGGUGCGUGCGUCGGCCCACGGCUUCUCGGCGUGCAUGGGCAAGGCCGGAGCGCUCCUCGCAUCAGUGCUGUACAACUACAUUGACACGCAGAUGCGCUUCUACGUCGUGCCUUGGUUCGGGCUGGCAGGUAUGGUAAUGACCUGGCUGUGGCUGCCCGACACGACGGGACUUGACCUUAAGGAACAGGAACGCCGUUGGCGUUACAUCCUUGAGGGCCGCGAGACAGAGUACCACGGCAUUGCUGUGCACCCGAACCACCUGAGCCUCUGGGAGCGCUGGAUGGGCGUCGGCAAGCACUACAACCCGGACCUCGACCUGAAACAAAAAAUUGAGGACCUGCGCCGCGACUGGGAGACGCAGGAGGCCGAGAAGCGCGAGAAGGAAUUGAAAGGGGAGCAAGUCCUGGCAGAUGACGAGUUCUCAGACGAGGCGCACGCGUACUUUCAGCGCACCAGUUCGCGGGAUGGGGUUCCCGGUGUUGCUGAGUCGGGCAAUGGUGUGUUCACCACCUCCACGACUGAGAGGGUAGACGAGAAGCUCCGGGACAAUAGUGCCGACGGCAGCAGCACGCCUACGGAUAAGUCAGGUUGAUCGCUGUGUUUUCCUCUCAUCAUUUGUUUAUUUUGCCCGUUGGAUAUAUAGUGGUAAAAUAAUAAAUAGAUAUUAACAAAAGAUUACUUAUAAAAUAUAUUUUACUUUAAUAUAUAAAUUAAUAAAAUA